AUGUUAGCAUUAGUAAUUAACUUUGCUAUUUCACAAGAAGAGGAUAAAAAGGCUAAUAUCACCAAAGUUUUAGAAGGUGCAAAAUGCAGAAGGAAUAACACCUUUUCGCAAGACCUAGGUUUAGGAAGUAUUUCAGACGAAGACUUUUAUGAUAUCGAAUCUAAGGAUUUUAUAUGUGUCUAUGGAAAUUUUUUAAUGGGCAGUAAUACUUCCCACGUAGCUGAUGUUUAUAUUUCAGUUAAUAACUCAGGAAAGCUUGAAUAUACUAAGACAGAAAAUGUUCAAAAUCCACUUGCAGUUUUGACAGAAUAUCAUGUGGAUGCAAAUGUUGAUUUUGACAAAGGAAUUCCUAAUAUUGGAAGUCUCCUUAGACCUACGACAAUAGGCUACUCAGUUGCGGUGAUAAGAUGUGCUGCUGAUAAUCCAUGCAGAAUACAAAUUAACAACAUUUGGCCAUCAUAUAAAAUCAAUGCAGAAUUUAUUUUUAACGGAGCUAAAUACAAAUUUGAAAAUGGUGUAAAAAGUAUUGUGUCAACAGAGAAGAAAGGUUCAUUCUAUGUUUACUCUAAAAAUUCCGAAUCUAAGUCCGGUUCAAGCUCAUUAAUAGUGACAUAUGGUCAGACUAUUACAAAUGAAAAAUUACUUUAUUCAUAUAAAAAUGAUAAAAAAUCAGAUUAUAACAGUGCCAGAGAAUCAAUUGAUUGGGCAAUUGAUUAUACGAAGGAACUCUUGGCUAAAUAUCCAAGUUAUGAUCCAAAUAAUCUAUUAGCAUUAUUGGAUUUAAUGAAGGAUGAAAAAUUUUUAUUAGACAUGGCUUGCGCCAAAAACCAUAAAAAACAAAGUGGAGAUAUUGGUAAAUUUUAUUCCGAUGUAUUUUUCCCUUCUCCUAAUGCUUGUGAAUUUACAUCAUUCAAAGAUUUCAACGAAUCAAAUUCUAUGUCAUUUGGAAGCACCAUAUCAUGGAAACCUGUAAAAGCUUCUGCUGAAGAUAUUCCAGAAGAAAAGGAUAAGGAAAAGACUGAAUUUUAUCUUCCAGAAUUUACUGCAACUCUUUCAACAAAAGGUGGAGUUUUCACAAAGGACAAUAUUGAUACUAAAUAUCCAGGAGAAGGAAUGCCUUGGUGGGCAAUUUUAUUAAUUGUCCUCGCAGUUCUAAUUGUUAUAGGUCUGAUUGUUGGUAUUGUAGUUUACUUUGUCAUCUUCCGCAAAGGUUCUGAUGGAGAAAAAGACAAAGAAUCCGAUGAUGCAAAACAGGAGGCAUGA